UUCUUCCGGGAAAAUAUAGAUCACCAAAAUCCGUUGUUCCACACCAUCUGACAGAGGGCGUGUCUUGUACUGCUUUUUUUUUCUUUGCAUGCGAUGGACGAUGGAUAGGAUGCAUCCAUCGUGUAGCUUAACUUCCCUGGUCCUCGAAAUCCCACACACUGAUUCGCUUUCGCUGGCAUUGUUGUUCUCUUCCGAAGGUUCGGGUGUUGUUUCUGCUGCUACUGCUCCCCUUUGUUUCUUUUCUUUGUGUUUGCGCGCGGCUUCUGGGUUAAACAAACAUUCGUCGCAAAACUUGCAUAACCAUUUUGUAUCAUGUGUAUUCUUCUAUCUUAUCUACUUCCAAACCCCCCAAUUUUCAUCCCAUUUCACUCUCACCUCGCCUGUUUCUUGAGUCGGGGCCUUGUCACGCUUGCUAUAGUCUAAUAUGUAGAAGUUUCUACACAAACUACCAACUAGGAAAGUCGAGGUUCUUGGCUCAAAUCA